UCUUUGAAAUUAGCUGGAGAAGCAAAUUCUGUUUUAGCCAAGGAAGCUACAUCAAUCGCUAUUUGGUGUUUGACUGAAAAUGUUGAUUGCUGGAAAAAGUGGGACAAACUCUAUCAGGAGAAUCUGGAAGCUAGUGUUGCUCUUCUUAAAAUGCUAGUAGAAGAAUGGAAGGAUCAUUCCCUCAAACUAUCAUCAUCGCUUAGUGAUACUCUCACUCUUGGUCAAACUAUGAUGAGCUUCACGCUACAGAAUAAAAAUGCCAUCGCUGAAGGACGAGCCAAUGCUUCUCUUUAUUCUCAUUACGAAGCUGACGAGUCCUGCAAAGUGAUCUCGUCGAGACUUGUAAGAAGCAUCCUCAAAGAUACAACCAUUACUGCUAUGGUUCUAGUUGCUGUUGUGGUUCUAGUUGCUGUUGUGAUUCUAGCCGCUGGUAGACCUCCUAACCUAUUUGGGCAAUUGGUUUUUUGGUUUGGUUUAGGUUCGUGUUUUUCGGUGUGCGGUUGUUCGGUUUUGCAAAUAUUGGAACUAUAUAGAAAGCAUUAGUCAUUCAGUUUGGUUACGGUUUGGUGGACAUUUUCUGAUUAUAGUGAGGAGGGUUUUCAUAUAACCACAUAGUUGGGAUUUGGGAGUCUGUUUAUAAAGCUCGCAAGUUUG